GGUGCGCUGUGUCCCUCUGACACAGCAGAUCACGAAAAGAGCCGAAGAUGUCGGCUCGGUCAUGUGAUCAGCUGUGUCCAAUCACAGCUGAUCUCAUUGUGCCCUGAUGAUCAGUGUGGCUCCAGAAGGGCCACCUGUCAGUGUCCAUCAGUGCCAGCAGUCAGUGCUCAUCAGUGCCAGCAGUCAGUGCUCAUCAGUGCCAGCAGUCAGUGCUCAUCAGUGCCAGCAGUCAGUGCUCAUCAGUGCCAGCAGUCAGUGCUCAUCAGUGCCACAUGCCAGUGCCCAUCAGUGCCACAUGCCAGUGCAUACCAGUGCACAUCAAUGCCACAUAUCAGUGCCCAUCUGAGCUGCCUUUCAAUGUCACCGUCAGUGCCAGUCCGUGCCGCCUGUCAGUGCCAGUCCGUG